AUGUCACCAAGCAAGCCUGUUCUCACCUACUUUAACUCGAGAGGAAAAUCGGAAAUCAUCCGAUUGAUUUUAGCAGAAGCAGGAGUGGAUUAUGAAGAGGUCAAUGUUGGUGUUUGGCAUCCCACCGAUAAAUCCGAACAAUUCCAACAACUCGUUCAAAGUGGAACAUUAGCCUUUGAUUCAUUGCCUAGCUACAAGGACGAUCAGAUCUUUCUUGUUCAAUCGGCAGCUAUUGUUCGGUAUUUAGCCAAACGAUACGGAUUGAGCGGAAGCAAUCUCGUAGAGGAAAGUCUCAUUGAUCAGUUUUAUGAGGGUGUUUUGGACAUUACCACUUUGCUUCGUUCCGCUUUCAAUGUCAUGUAUCCAGUUACAAAAGAAGUCUCGAGUGCCACUAUUGAGGAAACGAUGGAAAUGAUUGGGCGAGAGAAAUUACCCAACUGUAUUUCACAUUUUGAAAGAGCUCUGAAAGGAAAGACCUUCUUGGUAGGAGAAAAGAUUUCGUAUGCAGAUAUUGCUCUGUUUUAUAUCCUUGACAAUUUAUUGGAAUUGAAUGCAGAAUAUACCAACAAGUUCAUUUUGGACAAGAACGAAAAUUUGAAAGCAUUCUAUAAUAGAAUUAAGAGCAGAGAGGGAAUUCAAAAACAUGUGAACCAUCCAAACAGAUUUCCCAAACAAAAUUUGCCAGGCUAUGAGAAUGUUCUUUCAAAACUUGUUCAGCAAUAG